UGGAAACGUCAUGGGACGUUGGAAACGGCCAAGUGCCAACAGCAACAGCGUUAUCUCAAGUAUUUUUUUGCGUGUUUAUUUCCCUUUUCCCCACUCGUACGGAUUUCACCAAUGUAAAAUACAAUAAUUAAUCUAAUUAAUUUAAUAUCGUGGAAUCCGCAAUGGCUGAAAAUGAGCUCGAGGUGACAAAAGAGAGCAAAUUGCUCAUCAUCAAACUGAACAGGCCACACAAGAGAAAUGCAAUCAACCUCCAGAUGUAUAAAAAAAUUAGAAAUACACUUAAAGAAGCAGAAGAGGAUGAUGUUACUAUAGUCGUCGUCACUGGUGUUGGUGACUAUUUUACAAGUGGAAACGACUUCAGCCUGGAUGGAUUUGGCGAAGAGGACAUGGAGGUGUUGACAAGAAACAAAGUCGACUAUGUCAGGGCUUUUCUCCACUCAUUGAUUCACUUCCCCAAACUCCUGGUUGCAGUGAUCAAUGGUCACGUUGUCGGCAUCGGUGUGACAAUGCUUGGACUGUUUGAUCUUGUUUAUUGCGUUGACGAUGCUACUUUUCACACGCCUUUCUCUGAUCUUGGCAUCUGUGCAGAGGGAUGUUCAACGUACACUUUACCUCGCUCUAUGGGAAAAUCGUUGGCCGCACAGAUGCUUUAUUUCAGUAAAAAGAUUACAGCGAAAGAAGCAAAGGACAGUGGAUUUGUAGCUCAACUAAUUAAAAAAAGUGAAAUUCCCAUGAUUUUUGAGUCAUUGAAAGUACAUUCUACACUCCCAGCUAAGUCGUUGUUAUACACAAAAAGAUUGGUCAGAAACCACGAUUUACCAGCGUUGAACGUUGCCCUCAACAUGGAGAAUGAAUACUUGAUCGAACUGUUCCAGUCUGAAGAUUUUAUGAAUGCUUUGAUGACAAGGAUGUCCAAAAAACAAAGCAAGUUGUGAUUUUGUUUUAGAACAAUAUCAGAACAAUAUACAUCAUCACAAACUUUUGGUAUAUUAUAUAUUUUUUUUUCUUCAUUAAAACACUAUUUUUUGUAUA